AUGGCCAGGUCCAAGGUCCCGCCACGGACCAGCUCAGCACCGCCACCCAAGCUUGCCGCAGCGGCAGCAGCCGCCGCCGCCCAACAGCAGCAGCAGCAGCAGCAGGCCAUCCGACAGCAGCAGCAGCAGCAGCAGCCGACGCAUGCCUCUACCCCGCCGCGUGCCACCUCUCCUUCGCUGGCGCACGACGGCGAGAGCGUGACGUCUUCCUCGAAAAAGAAGAAGAAGAAGUCCAAGGCCAAGGCGAGAGACGCCGACCUCGUCGCUCAGGGCUACGACAUCGACGACCGCCUCGGCCCACGACCGACAUCGCCCUCGGCCAUCUCUGCGACGGCGCAGGCCCAGGCAGACCUGCUCGCCACCGCUAGCGACCUGUACCGCCGCAUCGAGGCCGACCCGCACGGCAUCCCUGACGACGACGCCUACUGGACCUCUCUGCCGGCCCAUCUGCGCACUUUUAUCCGGAAUGCGCUGCCGCUCGGCCAGUUCCCGCCCUCGGCGCAGGCGGCGCUCAACGGCAACCCAAACGACCCCAACGCGCGUCACGCCUCGACCCAGGCCAUGAUUGCUGUGGCGCAGCAGCUGGCCCAGGCCGCCCACGCGUCGCAGAGGCACUUGCAGCAGUUUCCGCCGGGCACCCACCCGUACCCGCCGCUGCCGUUUGACCCGUCCAUCUUUGCCGACCUGGCGCUGCAUCCCGACCAGCCGCUGCCCUUGCACCCGCACCCCAAUUCGGGCGUCAACAUGGGCUCGAUGCCCAACGGCAACCACGCCGCCUACGCGCACGGCCACGUCCAGUACACGACCAGCUCCAACCCGCCGCCGACCCAGCCCCCGGGCGAGCCGCUGCCCGCGCCCGUCGUGCUCGUCAACGAGUAUGGCGAAGAGGCCGGCGACUACGACGACGAGUACUACAGCGAAGACGAGCUGGACCACGACGGCGCCGUCAUCGACCACCGCGGCCGGGUGAUCCAGACGGCCAACGGCAUGUGGAUGCAGGACGACGUGGACCGCAUGGACGGACACCACGAUCGGACGCUCGCAGCGCCCGCCGGCACCGGCACCACGACGUCGAAGAGCAAGAAGAAGAAGAAGAAGAAGAAGGGGGCGGCCUCGGCCAAUCAGACCGCGGCCGACCUGGCCACCGGCCAGCCGUACGAUGCAGCGGCGCACACGCACGCGGCGGCCAAGCAGCCUCAGCCUCCGUCUGCCACCGUCCCACCCAACGCCAGCGGCAAGACAGCGUCGAGCCAGCCCCCGCCGAGUUCGCGGGCAGCGGGCAAGCAGCCGAUGACGUUCAACUCGAGCGGCAAGGCUCCUGCCAGGCCGGCCAACGGCGGCAAGGGCGCCGCGCAGCCGGCUCGGAUCUGGUCGACCAGCUCCAUCGAGGAGCGCGACCGGAUCAAGGAGUUCUGGCUCGGCCUCUCGGAGCGGGAUCGCCGCGAGCUGGUCAAGCUGGAAAAGGAGACGGUGCUCAAAAAGAUGAAGGACCAGCAGAAGCACGGGUGCACUUGCGCCGUCUGCGGCCGGAAGCGGUCCGCCAUCGAGGACGAGCUCGAGGUGCUGUACGACGCCUAUUACGACGAGCUCGAGGAGUACGCCAAUCACCAGCAGCGCUGGCAGAGCAGCGGGGGCACCAUCCCGCCCCCGCCCGGUCCUGGGCCGUUCCCCGGCAGCGUGGCGCUGGACAGCAACGGCGCCGUCAUCGGAGGCGACCAGCUGUCGCGGGCCAGGUCACAGCCCAACCACCGCGACGGCAGACACGGCCAUGGCGGCCACCACCACCCGCAGGCCCACGGCGUGCAGAAGAAGGCGCCGGCACCGCUGCACCCUGAGUCGUCCGACGGCUACGACGACGACGAGCUCGACGACGAAGAGUUCGACGACGAGGACGACGAGGAGUACGACGAUGAAGAAGAGGACGACGAGGCCGAUCUCGAGCGCGAGCGCGAGGAUGCCGCCGCCGCCGCAGCCGGCGGCAUCAAGAAGGGCCCGGGCGGCGGUGUGGGUCGCAGGAGGUCGAUCGCUGCAGCCGGCGGUCAAACAGGGCAGAACGACCUGUUCGGCCUCGGCAGCAGCCUGACCGUAAAAGGAGGUAUCCUCACUGUGGCCGACGACCUGCUCAAGAACGACGGCCAGAAGUUCCUCGAGAUGAUGGAGCAGCUCGCCGAGCGGCGGAUGCAGCGCGAGGAGGAGGCGGGCAUCGAGCUCGGCGAGAGCGAGGAUGAGGACGACGAGGAUCCCGUCGACGACCUGGACGACGACGACGAAGAGGACCUCGAGGACGAAGAGGACGAGGAAGACGACAUCAUGACCGACGAGCAACGCAUGGAAGAGGGCAGGCGCAUGUUCCAGAUCUUUGCUGCUCGGAUGUUCGAGCAGAGGGUCCUCCAGGCGUACCGCGAAAAGGUCGCCCAGGAACGCCAGCUGCAGCUUCUCCGCGAGCUCGAAGAGGAGGACAUGAACGAGAAGGCCAAAGAGGCCAAGCGACAGAAGGACAAUCAGAAGAAGAAGGACAAGAAGAGGAUGCAACGCGAACAGCGCGAAGCCGAGCGCCUGCGCAAGGAAGAGGAGCGAGCGGCCGAGGAGGCGGCCGCCAAGGCCCGCGCCGAGAAGCAGCGCGAGGCCGACCUCAAGAGGCAGGAGGAGCUGCGCGCCAAGCGCGAGGCCGAGCGCCGCGCCAAGGAGGAGGAGAAGGCGCGCAAGGAAGAGGAGAAGCGCAAGCGCCAGGCCGAAGAGCGCGAGCGCGAGCUCGAGCGGGAGCGCAAGAAGAAGGAAAAGGAGGAAAAGGCGCGCCUCGAGCGAGAGGCCAAGGAAAGGGAGAGGAAGCAAAAGGAAGAGGAGGCCAGGCGGGCCAGGGAAGAGAAGGAAAAGGCGGAGCGCGAGCAGCUCGAGCGCUCCCAGAAGGCCAAGGCCGAAGAGGCCAAAAAGGCCGAGGCCGCUCGCAAGGAAAAGGAAGCAGCCGACAAAACGGCAGCAGCGCAGGCCAAGCAGCAGCAGCAACAGCAGCAGCAGCGUGCCGCCGCUGCCGCUGCCGCCACCGCUGGCUCGUCGUCUCAGACGCCCGUCGAACGGACGUCGAGCGCCUCGCCUUCGGCCAAGACGGCGCUGCGAUCGCCCGGUGCUGGCGUGCCGCAAGGCCCCGCUGGCCGCUCCAAGAGCGGCUCGUUGCAGGACUCGCCGUCUUCUGCACCCACUGGAUCCAAGUCCGGCAGCGGUGGCCGCGCCAGCCAGGCUCAGCGCCAGGCGCAGGCUGCUGGCUCGGGCUCCUCGCUUCCGUCCGUGGCCCCUUCCACGCUUCCCGCUCCGCCUCAGGGCCUGCCACCGCGCCCCUCGAACGCCGUCGUCAACCCUUCCGGCUUCCACCAAGCAUCUCAAGGCCCCGCGUCGGUGUCGGUCUCGGCCAACGCCGGUCUGCCCAGGCCACCCGUCAGCUCCGGCGUCCCGACCUCGGCAGUGCCUUCGCUCGGAUUCGGCUCCAUCGGUCCGCAGAGCUUCGGCGCCACCGGCUCGGGCAAGGCGACGCCCUCGACGGCGGCUCCCAAGGCGCCUCAGACGCCGCAGCAGCAGCAGGGCCAGCAACCCCACUUUGCCCACCACUCGCUGCCCCAGCACCACCCGUCCGUCUCGCCCGGAUCUGCAUCUGCAGGCUCGCGAACCAUGUCUGGCUUCGGUUCCGCCACCUUUGAUGCGCUGCGGUCGCCCACGCUGCCGAACGGCAUCUCAUCGGGCAUCGGCUUGGCAGGCAAAGGCUCCGUCGACUCUGCUCUCCAGUCUCCGAGCCUCGGCUCGCUCGGCUCGGCGACAAACAGCCUGGCGUCUCUCAACCUGGGUGCGAAUCCGGUCGGUUCCGCGCUGCAUGGCAGCAAGCAGGCCGGCAUCGGGCUUGCAGGGCCGUCAGGCCCCGGCGGAUCGUCGCAGGCGUCUUCGAGCUUCAUCGGCCACGGCCUUCCGGCAUCGUCACACGGCGGCAUCCCGCCCAUCGGCCAGCCCACCGAGCCGCUGCGCUCCCGCGCGCCAUCGAUGGCCGACUCGGACCAGCUGAGCAGCAUUGGCGUCGCCACCCGCUCCUCGUCGGCGCUGUCGCAGCGACCGAUCCAGAGGCCCAACCCGGCUCCGAUUGGUCCGAUUGGGCGGCCGCGACCGGCCGAAUCGCAUGCGCACGACGAUCCGUUCGGCAUGGGCGGCGGCAACGGCCGGUCCUCGAGCAGCGCGAGCAACUCUGGCCCGGCCAGUCCGAAGCUGCCGCAGGGCAUCCUCGGCAGCUCUGCGCUGGGCGGCGACGAUGAGCUGGUCGAGCCCAAGCCUCGGAGGGUCAGCAAUACGGUGCCGAUCAGCGGCGGCGGCGGUGCUGGCGGCGGAUCGUUCUUUGGCAUGGGCAGCGGCGCCGUCGGUGCCAACUUUGGCAUGGGCGGCGGCGGGCCGUCUCCGUGGAACACGUUCUCCGGUGGCGUCGGCUCUGCGCCCGGAGGACCGCUGUCGCCUGGAUUCAGCAACGCCGCACCCGGUGCGGGCGCGAGCAGCUUUGGCUCGUCGCUCAACAUGCCGGCGACGUCUUCGGCUGCGCCGGGCUCGGUGGAUCCAUGGGCGCGCGCUCAGUCGAGCUGGGACCGCGCCCGUUCGGCGUUUGAGCAGCCGGGAGGCGGCUUUGGCCAGAUUGGCGGCCUGGGGGGCGUCGGGAGCCAGUUGCUGCACGGCAACAACCUGGGCCACCCGGGGCAGCACCAGGGCCUGGGCGGGCCGGCGGGCGGAGCGACGAUGAGCCCGUUUGGUGCGCCGCGUAGCAUCUUUGGCGGCGGGGCCACGCCGGUGCUGGCGAGCCAGCAUCCGGGAGCGAUUGGGUCGUCGCUGUCGCCGACCUCGCCGGGAUCUCGACAUGCGGGCAACGAUGGUCGCAGCGACCUCUGA